AUGGGGUGCCUGCAGAGCGUGGCCUGCAAGGCGCGGGUGCGCCGCGAGCAGAUCGUGGUGUCGGACGUGUCGGCCACCAUCGAGCCGGCGGCCACGGCCAUCGAGGAGAGCUCGCCGGUGGUGCUGCGGUACCGCACGCCCUACUUCCGCGCCUCCGCCCGCGUCCUCAUGCCGCCCAUCGCCCGGCGGCACACCUGGGUGGUGGGCUGGAUCCAGGCCUGCAACCACAUGGAGUUCUACAACACCUACAGCGACCUCGGCGUGUCAAGCUGGGAGCUGCCCGACCUGCGAGAAGGACGAGUAAAAGCCAUCAGCGAUUCGGAUGGGGUGAGCUACCCCUGGUAUGGAAACACCACAGAAACCGUGACCCUGGUGGGGCCCACUAACAAGAUCUCCAGGUUCUCGGUGAGCAUGAACGACAAUUUCUACCCCAGCGUGACGUGGGCCGUGCCCGUGAGCAACAGUAACGUGCCGCUGCUGACCAGGAUUAAAAGAGACCAGAGCUUUACCACGUGGCUCGUGGCCAUGAACACCACCACCAAGGAGAAGAUCAUCUUGCAGACUAUAAAGUGGAGGAUGCGAGUGGACAUUGAGGUGGACCCCAUGCAGCUGCUGGGGCAGCGGGCACGGCUGGUGGGCAGGACUCAGCAGGAGCAGCCGCGGAUCCUCAGCAGGAUGGAGCCCAUCCCACCAAACGCACUAGUGAAGCCCAACGCCAACGACGCCCAGGUGCUCAUGUGGAGACCCAAGCGAGGGCAGCCCAUCGUGGUGAUACCUCCCAAGUAGGGCAGGGGAGGACCUGGGUGCCCCCAGCCCGCGGCAGACCAACAGGGUUGCCGAGCCAAAGCAGACCUCUCGGGUUCUCCUGCCUUUGUUGUUGUGGUUGGAAACGUGGCUCCUCCUCGGUCAGAAAUAGAGCCUGGCUGGCACAAGGGCGCGCAAGAGGGUUCGCUGAGCUGGAGGAUUUCCCAGGAAGCAGAAUGGAGUACUUGCAGCUGGCGCAGAGGCCGUCUGACAUAAAGGACUCGACUUUUCUUGCAGGGCAGCACGAGGAGCACGAGCGUGGUUGAACCGUGCCCGUGGCAAACGCUGCUUCCCACCCAGCCGCAGGGAGAAGCGGAGGCUGCUCCUGCUGCCAGCGGGGGCUGCCCUGUGUCCCUGCCGUGUCCGUACCUAUGCAUUUCAGAUGGAUGAUCCGCCCCUCGCCUGCCCGCUGGGACCGGGCGGGAGGGCCGGCAGUGGGGUGGGAGGGGGCAGAGCCCGGUGCUGGCUGGUGCCACCACCCAGGAGGGGUUUUCCGCAGCCCGGCGGGAGCGGGACACGUUUUGCAUGCGUCCGGGUGUGUUUGGAGUAGUUGUGAGUGUAGGAGAUGCCAUAGCUCUUUUCUGUCUUGGAGUGAGGUCUAAGGGCAGGUUAGAUGUCCUUUUGUUUUAAGGUGCACUACGUCUUUGCAUUCCUCAGCCUCCCCUCCCGAGUCCCGCUGGCCCUUCUCUUACGGGAGCAGAAGGGGUUCUCAGCCCAGUGGGAAAUGGGGAGCGGUGCCGUUCUCCCAGCCCGGGUGCUCUGUGUGUGUGUGGCACCAACCCAGCCCAGAGGUACCCCUGGACUCGCUUCGCUUCACCGCACACCCCACUCCCUUGCUAGAAGUUGGGUGCUUGCUCGUUUUCCACGCAAAUGCUGGCUCACGUGGAGGCCUCUUCCCCAGCCACCCAUGGAGCAGGGUGGCUACUGGCUGAGCCACCAGUGGAGGGGCCAGCACGCUUUGUGGUACCUCCCCAAGCUCUGUGGAAGGCAGGGAUGUGAGUGGAUGCUGUUCAGGGCAGGCCUGGGUUUGCCUGGGAAGGGGGAGUUGAAUGUACUGCCUGGGGGCUGCCUCCUGCUGCUGCUGUGCCUGGGAGGGGUCGCAGGGGGAUUUACUUGCCUUUCUCCUCACUCCUUGCUGCCUGGAUGGCUGGCAUCAGCUGGUCCGUGGGGCAGCACGGUGCUGUGGGAUGCAGCUGGCAGUUCCCAGGAUCUCACCCCGGAGCUGCAGCAGAGGCAUAAACCAUGGCUGUGCUGCUGCUGCUCUGGGUGCUCCAUCACUCCUGGGCAGGUGGUUACAGCUUUUGCUGCUUUCUCUGCUCUGUCCUCCCCGGCAGCAGCCCUGCAGCUCCUCCAGCUCCUCCUGCCUUCUUCACACUGCGGGGAGGUUGUGCUGCCCUGGGGAUGCAGGCCAUUCCUGCUGGGAAGGUCCAUGUGCUAUCCCACUGGCAGGACAGCCUGGGGAGGAGCGCUGGGUGACACUU